AUGUUAAAGAAUAUUUUGUUAGAUUCAACUGCAUCUAAUACUAAUACUGCAACAACGAUUGAUAUUGGAGAUGCUUCUACUUAAAUUACAUUCGCAGCGGAUGAAAUUUCAAAUGAAAAACAGGAAGAAUAUUUCACUUUAAAAAUACCUAAAUGGGAAAAUCAAUAGUUUAAUUUUACAUUGAAAACUGCCUCAUAAUUAUUAGGGCAGGAUGUAUCCAGAUAAGAAAUUUUAGAUUCAGAAGUAAAAGAUGGUGCUUCCUUUACGGCUUGUUUUAAUGCUGGAUAUAAUAAAUUCGAUGCUAUUAUUAAUAGAAAUAUUAUCGGGUAGGGAAAACCUGAAGAAUGUAUUAAUUAAAUCAGAAAUCUUUUCUAGAUUUCUAAUUGUAAAUUCCCGGAAUAAUAAGAAUGUAAUACUAAAUCUAUAUUUGUUAAAGGGCCUUAAAGAAAACUACAUAUGUAGUCAGUGCUGCUUUAUAUACCUGAAUUUAAUGCACAUGAAUUAAGAAGAGCGGCUAUUGAGUUCUGUAAAUACAAUUUUUAAGAUAUAAUGGCAAAGGAACCUAAAAACAAGUAUAUUGAUAAUAAGUGUUAUUAAGGACUCUAUGUUUCCACUUUACUUAUUGAUGGGUAUGGAGUCGGUAAUAUGGUACUUUAAGCUCCUUAGGCUAUUUAAAGUUAAGAACCUACUUGGGCUUUAGGAUUUUUAUUAUUUAAACUUUGGUAAAAGUAAUGCAAUUUCAAUUGA